AUGGCAACAAAACCAGCUGAAGAAGCUCCUGGAUCCUUAAAAUACCAGACAUGGGUCCUGAAAGUCUCAAUUCACUGUGAAGGCUGCAAGAAGAAAGUGAAGAAAGUCCUUCAAGGCAUUGAAGGGGUUUACAUGACGACGGUUGAUUCUCAGCAGCACAAGGUGACGGUUACUGGCAACGUGGAGGCAGAGACCCUUCUCAAGAAGCUGUUGAGGUCAGGCAAACACGCCGAGCUUUGGCCUGAAACUAAGAAAGCCAAAAAAUCCAAAUCAAAGAAUAAUAAUAAAGAAAAGCAGGCCACAGAUAGUACUGAAAAAGAUGGUGAUCAUGACGAUGGCCAUGGUGAUCAACCUGAUCAAGUCAACGGCGGUGAUGAUGCUGAUGAUGGUGGUGAGUCGGAGAAAGAGGGUGACGAAAGUAACGAAGCUGCUGGUGGUGGCGGAAAUAGUGCAAGUACUGGGGCUAAAAAGAAGAAAAAGAAGAAGAAGAAGAAAGGGCAAAAUGGUAAUUCUACUAAUGUCAGCGGCGGUGGCAACCCCGGUGACACGGUCUUUGGUGAUGCUCCGGGAGGCGGAGUUGUGCCGUCUGUGGCUGCUCUUGAGGUGACUCAAGAGAUGGGCUCCAUGAAUAUGGGCCCACCAAUUCAGCACGUGUACCCCGGCCCAUACUCUUCAUCAAUGUACUAUCUGCCUCCAACGUAUGGGCUAAGUUACAAUACGGCCUAUCCUACGAGUACAGCUACUUCGUACUUUGCUCCUGAUGCCAUGCAUUCUACUACGUAUUCUCACCCGGAUAUGUACUCGCCCGCUCUGCCGUUCGAUUCCUUCGAAACAUUCUAUGUGGAGGAUGACGACCACGACCACGACGAAGACGAAAGUGGGUGUCGCAUUAUGUGA